CGAAAAUGCUCUCCCGUGUUGUUGGAUUUCGAAAGAGCACAGGACUUUGCGAUGAAAUAAUACAUUUUUACCCGUGUGGAAAACAAAAACAAACCGCAUGUUUUUAAACGUAAGUGUUUCGCGUUCCCAUUGAGUGGAGAAACGGUGUUUUUGGAGGGGACUCCAACGGGGAAGUUUGAGUGAUCGUUUUUUCCCGGAGUGAUGUCGAAUCCUGGGACUCGGAGGAACGGGUCCAGCAUCAAAAUCCGACUGACAGUAUUAUGUGCCAAGAACCUCGCAAAGAAAGACUUCUUUCGACUACCGGAUCCCUUCGCCAAGGUUGUGGUGGAUGGAUCGGGUCAAUGCCACUCUACAGACACAGUCAAGAGCACACUGGACCCCAAAUGGAAUCAGCACUACGACCUCUACAUCGGAAAAACAGACUCCAUCACGAUCAGCAUAUGGAACCACAAAAAGAUCCAUAAACGACAGGGGGCGGGCUUCCUGGGCUGCAUACGACUGCUUUCUAACGCCAUCAGCAGGCUAAAAGACACAGGAUACCAGCGACUAGACCUCUGUAAGCUGAACCCCUCGGACAGUGACGCAGUGCGGGGGCAGAUCGUAGUGAGCUUACAGACGCGAGAUCGCAUCGGCAGCGGUGGCCCUGUGGUGGACUGCAGGGGACUGCUGGAAAAUGACGGGCCUGUGUUUGAGGGAUGCUUCAGUGAAGAGCCGCUGCCCUACUCGGACCCCACCGGGGCAGCGGGAGGCGGGAACUGUCGGCUCGACUCGCCCGGUCAGGAGGGUCGUCUUCAGACGCAGCGAAUCAGAGGGCAGGACUCGAGAGGCCACGGACACACACCCCAAAACAGACCGCACGGACACCAGCCGCCCGACCUGCCGGAGGGAUACGAACAAAGAACGACGGUGCAGGGCCAGGUCUACUUCCUUCACACACAGACGGGCGUCAGCACCUGGCACGACCCUCGAAUACCGCGGGAUCUGGCCAGUGUGAGCUGUGAGGAGCUGGGCCCGCUGCCGGUGGGCUGGGAGGUCCGCAGCACCGUGUCGGGGCGGAUCUACUUUGUGGACCACAACAACCGAACCACACAGUUCACAGACCCGCGCCUACACACCAUUAUCAGCCAGCAAAGCCAAGCGAAGGAAUCCUCGCAAGCCCCCCAGAUGGAGGUGGGGGGUGAGGAGGGGGGAGGCGUCGGAGUGGUCGGGGGAGUUGGAGGAGGAGAUGGAGACGUGGCGGCGCGAUACGAGAGAGACCUGGUGCAUAAAUUAAAGCUGCUCCGGCACGAGCUGUCCUUACAGCAGCCUCAGGCCGGACACUGUCGCAUCGAGGUGUCCAGAGAGGAGAUCUUUGAGGAGUCAUAUCGGCAAAUAAUGAAGAUGAGGCCCAAAGACCUGAAGAAGCGUCUGAUGGUGAAGUUCAGAGGAGAGGAGGGGCUGGACUACGGUGGAGUGGCCAGGGAGUGGCUGUACCUGCUGUGUCAUGAAAUGUUGAACCCCUAUUACGGCCUGUUCCAGUACUCCACAGACAAUAUCUACACACUACAGAUCAACCCCGACUCCUCCAUCAACCCCGACCACCUGUCUUAUUUCCACUUUGUUGGCCGGGUGAUGGGCCUGGCAGUUUUUCACGGUCACUACAUCAACGGGAGCUUCACGCUGCCCUUCUACAAACAGCUGCUAGGAAAACCCAUCACGCUCAUCGACCUUGAGACCACCGACCCCGAGCUGCACAAGAGUCUCGUCUGGAUACUAGAGAACGACAUCACUACGGUCCUCGACCACACCUUCUGCGUGGAGCACAACGCCUUCGGGAAGUUCUCACAACACGAACUCAAACCCAACGGCCGCAAUAUCCCCGUCACCGAGGACAACAAAAAGGAAUACGUCAGACUUUAUGUGAACUGGCGGUUUAUGCGAGGAAUUGAAGCCCAGUUUCUGGCUCUCCAGAAGGGAUUCAGUGAGCUCAUCCCCCAGCACCUCCUCAAACCUUUCGACCACAAAGAACUCGAGUUGAUCAUCGGUGGGCUGGGGAAGAUCGACCUGGCGGACUGGAAGACCAACACGCGUCUGAAGCACUGCACCAGUGAGAGCAACGUGGUGCGGUGGUUCUGGGAGGCGGUGGAGGCCUUCAGCGAGGAGAGGAGAGGACGCCUCCUGCAGUUCGUCACAGGAUCCACCCGAGUCCCGUUACAGGGGUUCAAAGCGUUGCAGGGUUCUACAGGUUCUGCAGGACCAAGGCUCUUCACCAUCCACUUGAUAGACGCCAACACAGACAACUUGCCCAAGGCUCACACCUGUUUUAACCGGAUAGACGUCCCUCCCUACGAGUCCUACGAGAAGCUCUAUGAGAAACUGCUGACGGCUGUGGAGGAGACCUGCGGCUUCGCUGUGGAGUGACGAGUCCAAAAUCAACCCGACACACUUGCGCUUGCACUUGCACACAAAACUAUUUGACUUUUUACAUCAUAUACACACACACAUCAACAAAAUAUCAAAGUAUACGCGGAGUAUACGGAGCAGCCAAGCAUCACAAGAAACAGACUUUGGGUCUCUCGCCACCUCCUAACCACCAAACUGUUGGGGGGGGGGGGGGGGGUUAAAGGAGGAAGCACAGCGGGAGAGGAAGAAGAUACAAAAAAGACAAAAACAGACAAAAAAAGUAUUUUAAAGUUUUUCAAAUGUUUUGAAGAAGCAUUUUUAUCCUUCAGUUUUAACAAGCUAUGAUGUCAUUCUUCAGAAUGUCUACCGCCGCCGCCGCGGACAGAAUCGGCCAAUCACAUGCGAGCCUGCAAACUUUUAGAAAAUCAGACGUGUGAAGAAGAGGAACAAAGCGGAGACUGAUUGUCUUUCUGUCUGACAAGCUGAUCGAUUGACUAGUGUUCAUGCUUUAUGUUUAACCACUGUCGUGUAUCAGAGAGUGCAUGUACGUGUGUGUGUGAAUGAGACUGUAUUUGUGUGUGUGUGUGAGAGAGAGUGGGUGUUUCAGGCAUGGCACCCUGUUCCGCUGUAAAAAUGAUCAAAUGAGCCUGCUCCUCUGUUUUUUGCUAACUUUUUGUCUCCUUCCGUUUGUAUCUGCGACCACUCUGAUCCACUCUGAUAUUUUUAUUAUUUAUUACUAAGUGAUUACUGACCAAGCUGCUAUAUGCUCUACACAGAGCCCACACUAAUCUCUUCAUCACCCCCCCUCUACCAGAGUCGAAGGGUCAAUUCACUUACAAUUCAAGUAAUCCACAAAGUGGGUUUUAUUGAAUUUCGUUACUUGUUUUUAUUUUUUUUAACAUUCAAAUAAUUGCGGGGGGAAUACUCUUGUCAGUGUAUGAAUGAACAGUGUUUUUGGUGUUUUAAAUACCAUGUUACAUUUAUUUUGAAAGGGAUCAAUCCUCCCUACCCUGAUUUAAAAAACUCUACUGACGCUGGGGACCUGGAUAUUUAACUAAAUGAGCCACGAGGACGGAAAGGAAGAAAGGGUCAGCUUCAGGAACUCUUUGGUUGUAUGUGACGUGUAUAAUAAAAUCUCAAAAGCCUUUCAUACAUGUUUCAUCAUCCAUUUCACCAUCUUGUUUUUUCUUUCUCUGUGGCCCUGAUGUUGUCUCCAUUGCCUGGAUGUUAGAAAAAAGUAGUCCUCGCUCUCAAGACCACCGUGAAUGAACAAAAAAAAUCCUCUUUGCAGUCAUUAGUCCUCCAACAAAGUGAAUGAAAUCAAAAGACCUACAUGUGGAAACAGUUGGGAUUUGUUGUAGAUUGAUUAUUGAAGACUGUUAAGCAGUAUCAUUUCAAUCUGCAUUUUCUAGAGUUCACUGUGUAAUGGAUGCAAGAGUAUUGUAACUUACUAUGUACUAAACAUUUAUGAAAAAAUACAAUGUAAAUAAGAUUAUAUUAAAAGAAAUUAAAUUGAAAAUAAA